ACGCACCGCCCAGCGGAUUCCCGGCCGUUUAACCUCGGUAGUCGUCUUCCCCGCGCGCAGUUGCUAAAAUUCUCGUGGCGCCGGAAGUCCGGGACACGUGACGGGGUGACAGCGCUCACUUGGCUGCAGGGCUCCCUUUAGGUGCUGCGGCACGGGAUGGCGGAGGCGCCUCCUGUCUCAGGUACUUUUAAAUUCAACACAGAUGCUGCUGAGUUCAUUCCUCAGGAGAGAAAAAAUUCUGGUCUAAGUUGUGGGACUCAAAGGAGACUAGACUCAAGCAGGAUUGGUAGGGGAAAUCACAGUUCACCACCUCCCUGUCAUCUUUCCAGGCAAAUCCCUUAUGAUGACACCUCUGCUGUUCGUCAACACAGUUACCAUCCUUCAGGAAGCAAACCUAAGAGUCAACAGACUUCCCUCCCAUUUCCGGCUUCUAAUAAAUCACCCAAGAGCCAUGGCCUUCAGAACCAACCUUGGCAGAAAUUGAGGAGUGAAAAGCACCAGUCUAGAGUCAAGAAGGUGCAGGCUUUCAGUGACCAGACUUCAGAUACAACUGGCUUAGAAAACGUUGCCAAGUCAGAGAGCGGGACAAACCCCAGAGAGCACAGUCCUUCUGAGAGUGAAAAGGACACUGUCAGUGCAGAUCCCAGGGGAGCAAAACCCAAAAAAGCAACCCAGUUUGUAUGCAGUUAUGGUAGAGGACCAAAAGUGAAGGGAAAACCCAAAUGUGAAUGGGGUAACAGGGCAACUUUGAAACCUGAGGAUGCCAGACCUGAAAAUACCAAACCUGCAGGAGUUGUCCACCCUGACUCUUUGGAUGCAUCAUUUAGAAAAGGAGUGUUGGAUGGGGCCAAACGCAAUGAGCAGAGAAGAUACCCACAGAAAAGGCCACCCUGGGAAGUGGAGGGUGCCAGACCACGACCAGGCAGAAAUCCACCAAAACAAGAGGGCCAGCGAAAUCCAAAUGCAGGACAUAGUAACAGCAUGACCCCCAUUCCAAAGGAUAAUCUCAGCGAAAGACCAACAAAAUCCACCUGUGACAACGGGAACGUGGCAGUCAUCAGCAAGUCUUCCAGGAGGAUUGACCAGGAGAAAUGCUCUGUAAGGAGGCAGGAUCCUCAAGGAACAUCUCAUUUCCCCCGUGGCAAGCAGAACCAUGUGCUAAAAAAUGUGGAAACACACACAGGUUCUCUAAUUGAACAGCUAACUACAGAAAAAUAUGAGUGCAUGGUGUGCUGUGAGCUGGUUCGUGUCACAGCACCAGUGUGGAGUUGUCAGAGCUGUUAUCAUGUGUUUCAUUUGAGCUGCAUAAAGAAAUGGGCAAGGUCUCCAGCAUCGCAAGCAGAUGGCCAGAGUGGUUGGAGGUGCCCUGCUUGUCAGAAUGUUUCCGCACAUGUUCCUAAUACCUACACUUGUUUCUGUGGUAAGGUGAAGAAUCCUGAAUGGAGCAGAAAUGAAAUUCCACAUAGUUGUGGUGAGGUUUGUAGAAAGAAACAGCCCGGCCAGGACUGCCCACAUUCCUGUAACCUUCUCUGCCAUCCUGGACCUUGCCCACCCUGCCCUGCCUUUAUGACUAAAACAUGUGAAUGUGGACGGACCAGGCACACAGUUCGUUGUGGUCAAGCCAUCUCAGUUCACUGUUCCAAUCCAUGUGGGAAUGUUUUGAAUUGUGGUCAGCACCACUGUGCUGAGCUGUGCCAUGGGGGUCAGUGCCAGCCUUGCCAUAUCAUAUUGAAUCAGGUAUGCUACUGUGGCAGCACCUCCCGAGACGUGUUAUGUGGAACUGAUGUAGGAAAACCUGAUGGAUUUGGGGACUUUGGCUGUUUAAAGAUAUGUGGCAAGGACUUGAAAUGUGGGAACCAUAUGUGUUCUCAAGCCUGCCACCCUCAACCAUGCCAGCCAUGCCCACGGCUUCCCCAGCUGGUGCGCUUUUGCCCAUGUGGCCAAACUCCAUUAAGCCAAUUGCUAGAACAUGGAAGUAGUGGUCGGAAAACAUGCAUGGAUCCUGUCCCCUCUUGUGGAAAAGUGUGUGGCAAGCCACUGCCUUGUGGUUCCUUAGAUUUCAUUCAUACCUGUGAGAAGCUCUGCCACGAAGGAGACUGUGGAUCGUGCUCUCGCACCUCAGUUAUUUCCUGCAGAUGCUCUUUCAGAACAAAGGAGCUUCCAUGUACCAGUCUCAAAAGUGAAGAUGCUACAUUUAUGUGUGACAAGCGAUGUAACAAGAAACGGUUGUGUGGACGGCAUAAAUGUAACGAGAUAUGCUGUGUGGAUAAGGAGCACAAGUGCCCUUUGAUCUGUGGGAGGAAACUCCGUUGUGGCCUUCACCGGUGUGAGGAACCUUGUCAUCGUGGGAAUUGCCAGACAUGCUGGCAAACUAGCUUUGAUGAAUUAACCUGCCACUGUGGUGCAUCUGUGAUCUACCCUCCAGUCCCCUGCGGUACAAGGCCCCCUGAGUGUACCCAAACCUGUGCCAGAGUCCAUGAGUGUGACCAUCCAGUUUAUCAUUCUUGUCAUAGUGAGGAGAAGUGUCCCCCUUGUACUUUCUUAACUCAGAAAUGGUGUAUGGGCAAACAUGAGUUACGAAGCAAUAUCCCCUGUCACCUGGUUGAUAUCUCUUGCGGAUUACCCUGCAGUGCAGUGCUGCCGUGUGGGAUGCACAAGUGUCAGAGACUCUGUCACAAAGGAGAGUGUGUUGUGGAUGAGGCCUGCAAGCAGCCCUGCACCACCCCCAGAGCUGACUGUGGCCACCCAUGUAUGGCUCCCUGCCACCCCAGCUCACCCUGCCCCAUCACUGCUUGUAAAGCCAAGAUAGAGCUGCAGUGUGAAUGUGGACGAAGAAAAGAGAUCAUGAUUUGCUCUGAAGCAUCCAGUACUUAUCAAAGAAUAGCUGCCAUUUCUAUGGCCUCUAAAAUAACAGACAUGCAGCUUGGAGAUUCAGUGGAAAUCAGCAAGUUAAUCACCAAGAAGGAAAUUCACCAAGCCAGGCUGGAGUGUGAUGAGGAGUGUUCAGCCUUGGAAAGGAAAAAACGAUUAGCAGAAGCAUUUCAUAUCAGUGAGGAUUCUGAUCCUUUUAAUAUACGUUCUUCAGGGUCAAAAUUCAGUGACAGUUUGAAAGAAGAUGCUAGGAAGGACUUAAAGUUUGUCAGUGACAUUGAGAAGGAAAUGGAAGCUCUUGUGGAGGCUGUGAAUAAGGGAAAGAAUAUUAAGAAAAGCCACUGCUUCCCUCCCAUGAACAGAGACCACCGCCGGAUCAUCCACGACCUGGCCCAAGUUUAUGGCCUGGAGAGCGUAAGCUAUGACAGUGAACCAAAGCGCAACGUCGUGGUCACUGCAGUCAGAGGGAAAUCGAUUUGUCCUCCUACCACUCUGACAGGUGUUCUUGAAAGGGAAAUGCAGUCACGACCUCCACCACCAAUUCCUCAUCACAGACAUCAGAUGGACAAGAAUUCUGGGAGCAUUAAUUUACAGAAAAUAGCCAAGGAACCAGUAAUUGACUACUUUGAUGUCCAGGACUAA